AUGGUUGAGGAGGAAGCUAAGAGCUUACCUAUGGAGCUGAGUGAGAAGGGAGGUGUGGAGAACAACGGAUUUGUUCAAAAUGAGGCUUUUGAUGACAAGGAGACCGAUACCUGUAGCCAAGAAGAAAUGCCAAAACAAUGCGUUGUUGCCAUGGACCCAGUGGCUACGGAGGAGCUAGCGUUGAAGCCCUAUGCAGGGAUGCCGAAAGAAGUCUUGCUGAAGUUCUCCAGCCAAGCCCGGUACAGAGUCACCAGGGAGAUUCUCUUCUGGCUCAUAAUUGCCGCUGCUGUCGUGCUCGUGUGCGCUACAAUUGCGAUUAUUGCUCUCUCUCCAAAGUGCCUUGACUGGUGGCAGGCCAGUCCUAUUUAUCAGAUCUAUCCUCGUUCUUUCAAGGACAGCAACAUGGAUGGGAAUGGGGAUCUGAAAGGUAUCCAAGAAAAACUGGACCAUAUCACGUAUUUGAAUAUAAAAACCAUCUGGAUCACCUCUUUCUAUAAGUCUCCCUUAAAAGACCUUGGAUAUGGAGCUGAAGACUUCUAUGAUAUUGAUCCCAUGUUUGGAUCAAUGAGCGAUUUUGAGAAUCUGCUUGCAGCCAUACAUGAUAGAGGGUUAAAGGUGAUAAUGGAUUUAAUACCAAACCACACAAGUGACAAACACCGAUGGUUUCAGCUGAGUCGCAAUCGGACCGGGAAGUACACGGACUACUACAUUUGGCAGGACUGCGUGCGGGCUGCUGGUUCGAUCACUCCUCCAAACAACUGGGUGAGCAUCUUUGGGAAUUCCAGCUGGCAGUUUGAUGAUGUGAGAAAGCAAUGUUAUUUUCAUCAGUUUGGGAAAGAACAGCCAGACUUAAAUUUUCACAACCUUGCUGUCCAACAGGAAAUCCAUGAUAUUAUCAAAUUUUGGCUCGGCAAAGGAAUUGAUGGAUUUAGUUUCAGCGCUGUUAAAUUUCUUUUAGAAGCAACGCAUCUACGGGAUGAGCCUCAAGUGAACAAGUCCCAGAAUCCAGAGAGUAUCACAGCCUAUUCCCAGCUCUACCAUGACUACACGACCACGCAAGUUGGCAUGCAUGAUAUCAUCCGUAGCUUCCGUCAAAUCAUGAAUCAGUUCAGCAGUGAACCUGGCCGAUACAGGUUUAUGGGUUCUGAUGGUGACGGAAAGGAAGACAUUGAAGCAACAAUGAUGUAUUAUGGAACAACUUUUAUCCAAGAAGCAGAUUUUCCUUUUAAUUUCAACCUAAUCAACAUGAAAAAUCUAUCGGGCAACAGUAUUUUUGAAGCUGUCAACUUGUGGAUGAAAAACAUGCCUGCAGGAAAAUGGCCAAACUGGGCGGUUGGAAGCCCUAAUGCUGCUCGGAUUUCAUCUCGGAUUGGGAAGGAAUAUGCCAAUGUUAUGAACAUGCUGCUUUUAACCCUCCCUGGUACUCCUGUAACUUACUAUGGUGAGGAAAUAGGCAUGGAGAACAUUGCAUCAGAAAAUGUAAACCGUAGCUACAGUCACCAUCUCCUGCAGACUAAAUCCCCCAUGCAGUGGGAUGGCAAAGUUAAUGCUGGUUUUACUGAAGGCAACAGUAGCUGGUUACCUGUUAACUCUGACUACCAAAGUGUAAAUGUUGAAAUCCAGAUGACCUGGUCCAACUCAACCCUCAAUUUGUACAGAGAGCUAACUUUACUUCGCCACAAUGAGCUACCCAUUCAUCGGGGGUGGAUGUGCUACAUCUGGAAUGACAGUAAUGUUUUUGUUUAUGUGAGGGAAUUGGAUGGGUUAGACAGAGUCUUUAUGAUGGUUCUCAAUUUUGGGCAGGAAUCGACACUAGACCUGAAAGCUAUAGUUCCUAGCCUUCCAUCUGAAGCUAUUAUAAGACUAAGUACUAACUUUAGAAAUACUGGUAAAGCUGUCAAUACCGAACUGAUUAAAACUGAAAUGGGAGAAGGCCUGGUCCUUGAAUAUGAAACAGCAAAGCCUGUUCAUAAGAUGGAAGCUUUUCAAGGAAAUUGUUUUGUGGCAGAAAAAGCUUGUUAUUCCAGUGCCUUUAAUUUACUCUACGUGAACUGUUAAGUGCAGGAAUAGAAUAACCAAGCUUUCAUGUUAAUUUAGAAAAUGUGGGGUUUCAGGGAAAUGCUUAAAAUUUUCAGUUUUCUUUGGCUUUUAAAACUUUGUGUACAAAAUAAAUGUCCUGAAAAACAGAUACUUAAUUGUCUUGCAUCUGUAUUGGUGAUGAAAAAGUAUGGUAUAAACUCUCCCUUAGGGUCUGUGGAGAAAAAAAGUAAACCUGUCCUAAAAAACUGUCUUGUUUAAGUGUGUGUAUUUUUGUGAAGAAAGAGAACAGUUGCUUUCAGUGUACUGCCCAUUACAGUUGCUAGUCAUUAGGACCUCCUGUGGAAUCCAGAGCCUGUGGC